GGUCGCCUCGAAACACUUCCCACCUGUUUAAACGGAAUUUGGAUGUUUUUUCAAACCUGAUCACUAUCAUUGCCUUUGGCUGCAGUGUGGCACCGAGGAUUUGACCUGAUUUUCGCCCCAGCGUGCGCUUUUUAUUGGAUGGCGCCACUAGCUUUGCCAUGAUCUCGUGGCAUAAAAUACACGAGUUUCGAAUUUUGUUAUUAUUGAGAAAGUUUAUUCGGAAUAUCAGCCCAAUAUGAAAGCUACUGGAUUGGUUGCGUUCUUCACAUCGGUUCUCCUAUGGCAUAUCAACUUUACAGAGUCCAAGCCCUGGAUACUACGGUUUGCAGAUGAGCCAGCGGACACCACAUUUGCGCACACUCAGUGGGCUGUAUUAACGUGUCACGUGGCAGCAAACCCACCGGCUAGCGUGACAUGGCGCCUUGCUCGCACGGAUACUGCCGUGACCAACGUGACAGGUUUGCGUUACGUUAUGGCGAAUGGUUCACUGGUUUUCCCGCCAUUUUCUGCCGAGAGACUGGACCCUAGUAUUCAUCGCGUGGAUUAUCAGUGUUUGGCGAAGAACAGAUUUGGCGCGUUGAUCAGCCGGGCAGCUAAACUUCGCGCAGUCGUGGUUCGUCCUUUUCGUGUUUACGCCAUGGACAGCAAGGUGACUCUAGGGAACAGUGCAGUCAUCAAAACAGUCGUCCCAGACUACGCUCAGUCGUACACUGCCGUGAAGGCCUGGUACUACGAUCGUCACGUGGUCCCGCUUGGUGGCCGCUAUACCAUCAUGCCCUCUGGGGAUCUUGUCAUAACCAACGCACACGCUGAGGACGAAAACAGCAUGUACCACUGGACAGCGGUCAAUACCCUGACAGGAGAGACACACGCCAGCAAUCCGGCCAAGCUUGUUGUCGUACCCUCAUCAAGUCCGUUCGCCCCUCGAAUGACGUCAUUGGUCCAUAAUUUGACGCUGAUCGCCGGAGAAACCGCUGUACUACAGUGCACAGCUGCAGGAUCGCCUACGCCGUAUUUCCGGUGGCUUAAGAGCGGUAAGUCGCUGACCAUGGGCGGACGGAUGUCUGUGAUCGCGGGUGGCAGUUUGAUGAUUGAGAGCACGAUGGCGUCGGACGAGGCGAAUUACACUUGUCAAGCAGUCAACAACGUGGGCUCAGUCCACAUGGCUAUCUACCUCGAGGUGAUAGUUCCUAUAACCUUCAAAGAGCGUCCAAAACCACAGGCAGCUCAAGUCGGCUUCCCACGGAAGAACAUGGAAUGCGAUGUGACCGGGGAGCCUGAGCCCAAGAUCACGUGGUACCAGAACGCCCAAUCACUGGGUCAGCCCAAGGGUCGUAUCAGCAUCCGGGAUAAUGAUCUCGUCAUCGCUACCGUAUAUGGUCAAGACAAUGGUGUGUACCAGUGCGUAGCGGAUAACGGGAGGGAGCUAGUGCAGAGUAGUGCCGAGUUCUACGCGGGCUUUAGCGUUCCAACCUUCAACCCUGGGACGCCCGACAUCAUCUUAUAUCCGGGGACUCCGCUACAGAUCACGUGCGAGGUAUCUGCCAUUCCUUACCCACGUGACGUCCAGUGGUACCAUGACGACAUACCGCUGACCGGAGGGCACGAUUACAUCAUUACCGCGAUGCCUGGGACCAAGCGCUCCAGCAGGCUCAGCAAGCUCAGUAGGACAGCGGUUUCCAUGGCAGACAGUGGCGAGUACAAGUGCGUCGCCAGCAAUGCCGCAGGGUCAGCGGAGCAGGUCAUUAAAGUCUACGUCAGAGGGCCACCGAACAUCACAAGUUUCCGUAGCUCGGUCACCGGAGUCCAAGGCGACACCAUAAGUCUUCCUUGCCGAGCCAAAGGCUUCCCGCCCCCCGUGAUCACUUGGUCACGGUCGGGACAGACUAUCCCGUAUGAUCGCCGGCAGUCGAUAGAUAACGGCACACUUCUCAUCGGUAAUAUACAGAAGAGCGACAGCGGCAAAUACACAUGUACCGCGGUCAACACCGCGGGCGAACGAGACUCUGUUACCAUGACUGUCAGUAUUGUUGUCUCUCCUCGGAUCACGCCAUUCAUGUGGGCCCCCGUUGACGAGGGUCAGCGGGAACACUACACAUGCGUGGUGGCGGAAGGCGACAUGCCGUGUAACAUCACGUGGUUGAGGGACGGUAAACCGCUGUACUCAAUCCCUGGGGACCUAGAGAUCAUGACGUCACAGUUUAUUAGUUCAUUGAGCAUCCCGCAGGUGAUGCAGCGACACCAGGGCGUCUACACGUGCAUUGUGGGUAAUCGGGCCGGCAUCGCGCGCCACUCGGCCCAGCUCAUCGUCUACGUUCCCUCAAAGUUCGUAACUGAGCCGCGAGACCAGCAGGUAUUGCGGGAAUACACUGCACAGCUGUCAUGCCAGACCACAGGGUACCCACCCGCCCGGGUCGAAUGGAGUAAGCUACAGGGCAGCUCGUUCGUUCCGCUGGGAGACAACCCUCGAUUUCAACAGCUGCUGAACGGGACGCUAGUUAUCCGUAACGCAAGCAAGCGUGACGAAGGGCGUUACUCCUGUCACGCUUACAACGGCGUGGUGGGGACACCGGUCAGCAGACAAGUCAGCCUAGUAGUGCACGCAGUGCCAGCCGUUAUUGUGAGCCCACCGUCAGACCGGUCAGUGGAGGUUUUUGGUGAGAUGGCGUUUUCGUGCGUCGCCAUAGGCAACCUACCCAUCAUGCUCAGCUGGUUUAACGGCAGCAAACAGAUGGUGGACUCGUCGCGGGUCCAGAUUAUGCGGUACACCAAAGACAACGCCCACCUGGUGAACGGCACACUGCACGUGUCCGACCUGAGGCUUUGGGACACUAAGGAGUAUUCAUGCAGAGUUGGCAAUCAGUUCGGACGGGACGAGAAGACAUUCAAGAUUACUGUCCAAGAAAGUCCCUCCAAUCCGUCUGUGCCAAGGGUGAGCGACAUCAGCUCGAAGUCACUCGUGUUGUCCUGGACUCCUGGGUUUGACGGUAACGCGCUCGUGCACCAGUUUAUUAUCCAGUUCAAGCUGGCCAGGAAUGACUGGCUAAUGAGCAGCAAGCAGGAAGUCCUUGGAAGCAGCACCUUCUACAGGCUGACUGGACUCAAGCCUGCUACCACCUACCAUGUGCGGGUGUAUGCCAGGAACGCGAUCGGUACCAGUCAGCCAGGCGGCUCCAUCCGGGUCCUAACCAAGGAAGACGCCCCGUCCCUACCCCCAAAAGUACUAAACAUCACGGCAGUGUCGUCAACAGAGGUGCUAGUCACGUGGGAGCCUCCCCCACCGGAGCACUGCAAUGGUGUCAUUCGUGGGUACUACGUCUCGUACAACGAGCCAAACAGAGCCAAGGUCUUCUACAACGUCACAGUAAAUGGCGGCGAGAAGAUGAGCUAUCUCAUCCAGAAGCUCAAGAAGUUCACCGAGUAUUCGGUAGUUCUCCAGGCGUUCACACGGGCUGGACCAAGUACAAGGACAAGGAAACGCAGAGUCAAGACGUUAGAAGACGUCCCCAGUCAGCCGCCCCAGUUUGUUGACAUCACCGUUCUAGGCUCGCAAAGCAUCCUGGUGACCUGGAAGCGACCCCCUUACGACUCAAUCCACGGUGUGUUACGUGGUUAUCAUAUAAGGUAUUACCGCGUGUCCGACCCGCAAUCCGCCGGCGAGACCACCGUGGACCGCUCGCGGCUUAACGUCACACUGCGCAAACUCGGGAAGUUCACGUCUUACCGAGUGAGCGUGUCGGCAUUCACGAGCGUGGGCGACGGCGUCCCGAGCGCUGAGAUGAAGAUCAAGACUGCCGAAGACAUCCCAGGCGCUCCUAGUAACGUCCGCGCCAUCCCAGUCUCAAGCCGGAAGAUUCGCGUACGCUGGGACACACCGAUGGAACCCAACGGUAUCAUCCGGGAAUACAGGGUCCUGUACAGCAAGGUGGUGAGCCGACCGCUGGCCAACGACACGUCAGAGUUUGUGCACAUGUUGAGGACGAACAAUAGUAAUGUGACGUCACUGUACUUAACUGACAUGGAAUCAGACACCCUUUACUACUUCUGGGUGCGCGCCAUCACAGCAGUGGGGAUUGGGAACGCGUCGGAAGUGGUCAGUAAGCGGACUAUGGAGAGAAUCAAGGCCAGCAUUUUCGAUCGCACGUUGCCGGACACUCUAAGCAAGUGGAAGACAUUUGCCAUUCUCAACUGCGAGGCGUACGGAUCACCGCAGCCUACGAUCUUUUGGUACAGCAGAGGCAAGGACUUGACGAACCGUAACAAGUACACUCACUUCAACAACGGCUCCCUCAAGAUCAUGAACUUGGAGAAAGAGGACACGGGAAAGUAUAUGUGUACGGCCAGUAACACCCUUGGUAAACAGACCGUGAUGAGACGACUUCGAGUUCAGAUCCCACCCUCCCCUCCCCAGGACAUCGCGUUCACAGGGGUGGGUCGCCCGUCUGCGGUGAACAUCUCGUGGGUCCCAGGCUUCGAUGGGUACAGCCCUAUCACCAUGUUUCUCCUGGAGCACAAGGCGAAGGGCGAGGCGUGGAAAGGGGUGUAUAUAAGUCACACCUUGCGCUACUACAUACUGCACGAUAUCGACCACACCAAGCCAUACUACUUCCGCAUGUCCGCCAUCAACGCCGUGGGUACUGGGCAGCCUGCGCGCAUACUCAAAGUGCAGUUUGCCGCUGAAGGGACCAUAUCAAGCGUGAGGCAGGUGGACACGGACGAGGAGAUCGCGGAUGAUGGGGGCGGAGGCAAGCGCUUCUAUGAUGAGCCCGCGAUCAUGGGCACCCUAAUCACCGUCAGUCUGCUCAUCGUCAUUGUUGUGCUACUGCUGGUAGCUUGCAGGCUCAAGCGCAUCACGAUCAAAAUGCCUAAAGAUUUGAGGGAUUUGUGGGAAAAAGCGAUCCUUGCUAACCCUGGUCAGCGGAGCGAAGAAGGAAGGUGCACCCCGAUUGAUGGUGGUACGGGUGACGAAGGUAAUGGGGAGGGGGGCGAUAGUGCCUCCCGCAGCCCCUCCUCGGACGGCCACCUCGCAGACUCCUCCUCCUCCAUCGAGCAGAUGGCCUCCACCCGAGGCUCCCUCUUCAGUCUGCCGCGCUCCAAUGGCAUGCUACACCAUAACAUCGCCCACGAACCGAUCAUGGAGGAGCCCUUUCCGCCCCCUCCCCCACCGUACCAGACGGGCUCGCCCAUACGCGCCUUCCCCCCUCCCCCUGCGGCUCACGAUGACAACAUAAGCGACACCUCGUCUGAGGUGAGUUUCGGUGGCCAGGUCUACCAUCGGGCGAUGCUCCACGAUUACGAUUGUGUGCGUGUGCGAAGAUACCCAGCAUCCGCCUCGUUCGACUCCUACGCACAACCGCUGCCCUUCCAGCCCGCAGGCGUGCGCUCAGUUACCGCCACGCCGGGUAACAACACACUGGGCAUGCGCGGCCCGGCUGAUGGCGGCUCCGAGCUCGACACCACCAGUCUGGCUGCUAGGGGACUAGAGUCUAACUCCGACAUCAGGAAGCUUUUUGGCAGCCAUUACAGCAAAACCCGAGGUCUGACCCUAGAGACGCCACACUCGGUGCACGCUCGGACCCCUGCAUCGGGGAUAUCCCGAGUACCCGAGUCUGCGUUCGGAUCUAGGUACGAGAUCGGCCGACGGAGUGCCGCGUCCCGACGAGGGUCGAAUGCGUCGCAGAAACUCGGUCAUAUGAAGCAACCAGUGAUCAUUCACCCCGAGGCCUUCAUCACCGCGUACGAGAUCCGCAGAGACUCAGCCUCAUCCAAGGAGUCCAACACUUACCCGGUAGACAACAAAGCGCUACUUGUGCGGGACCCUCGCGACCCGCGGGACGCCCGCGCGUACGACUCCACCUCCUCCGAGUACAGCUCGUCACGUGACGAGCUCAUGUCUGCCCUGGAAUAUGGGAAGAGACACAAUUUUGAGAAGUUCUACGGUAUCCCAACUCUCGAGACGACUUCGAUCUCCUCCGAGGCGACGAACAGCAGCGAACAAGAUGGCAUCUGUAAGUUCUGCACCAGCCCCCGCCCGGUUUGUGCGGAGAUGUGCCACGCCCCGAUUCCCAUCCGCCAGCCCCCGUACAACCCACGCUCACGAUCGCGUGGUCGAGAUGACGCGUUUAUCUACGUGUUGGACCCGCGUCGUCGGUUAGUGGACGGAGUGGUGAGAGUACAAACUCAGGCAGAACAUAAAGGGUCGCUAGUAUAGCCCUGCUGACGUCACAAGUAUGGACCCGCGGGCAGGGGUAUGGUCCGAACACGGUCACAGAGAGAGGCGUGGUCUGGCAUGGCAUGGCCUUGCUACAGAUCGGGUACCCAGGAUUAUGGCCCGGGUACGGAGGAUUAUGGCCCGGGUAAUGAUAGAACUCGGAUGUGAGUGGAACAAUAAAACAACGUCUUACAGAACAUAAGAGACAAGUCAAUGGAAACAAGACUGAGCAAUUGUCGCUCUUGGAUAUCGCACAAAGGGCGAUCAUAUUGAC